GGUGAAGCAUAAGAUGCACCCGUCAAUGUAUGAUGAUCAUACUGGAUCUGAGAGAUUAAGAUGUAGCCAGAGGAUCCUUUCAGCAAAAGAGUCUCGAGCAUUUUCUUCCAAAACACGAGCUUGUUCAGAGUCAUCAUCCUGUGGUACACAAAGCGACUUAGAAGACCACUUUGACAAAGAAUCCGGAUCCUUAUCCACAGAAUCAGUGUUUGUUUAUCUAAAUGACAAUCAAAAUCGAAAACGAGUCCCAGUGGGCCCAUUUUUUCAAGCAGAUGUACCGAUAUGGACUGGGGAGAUUUCUGAAAGUGACAGUAGUUGGUGUGGCUCACGGGUUUGGCCUCUAGAAAGUGGGGACAGAAGCACAUAUCUAAUUGAAAGAGAACGCAUUGGGAAAGGAAGGCAAGAUUCGUGUGGCUGCCAACACCCUGGUUCUGUUGAUUGUGUCAGAUUCCAUAUUGCUGAGAAGAGGAUGAGAGUGAAGCUUGAACUUGGCUUGGCCUUCAAUCGUUGGAAAUUCGAUAAAAUGGGUGAGGAAGUUGCACUUUCUUGGACGAGGGAGGAAGAAAAAAGAUUUGAGGGCAUAAUUAAGUCAAAUCCACCGUCUCUUGAUAAGUGUUUCUGGGAUGAAAUUGUCAAGUCUUUUCUUAACAAAAGGAGGGACGAGUUAGUGAGCUACUACUUCAAUGUCUUUCUUCUACGGCGCAGGGGUUACCAGAAUAGGUCCACUCCAAGAAACAUUGAUAGUGAUGACGAAGAUUCAGAGUUUGGUUCGUUGACUAAUGGAUUUAAGCGUGAAGCAGCUAAAUCUCCGGGCUCCAUUUUCCGUUCCCCAAAGAAACCACACUUGAAUUUCAGAUAGGUAUAAGGAUCAAGGGUUUUGCUCAGAAAUCUAAAUUCCAUAUUUUUAUGUGGUUUUUCAUGUUCAGCAAUUUCAAUGGAAAUACACCCCUUCAUCACCGAGAAUCACAAGUUUGGAAUGGUAGUUUGAAAGGUAACCUUUGGCUUCAGGUGUUUUUUUGAGAAGGUUGAUGUAGGAGCAUGACGACUGAAGCAGUUGAAAGCGUUUUUGGUUCACGUUUUUUUGUUUUGUUCUGAUUGUGUACUUCUGAUUUUCUGUCCAUUCAUCAUGAUUCCCAACAUGUGGUACAGGUACUAUUGCUUUUCAUACCUUUUCUUUUUUCUUUUUUUUUUGUCUCUCACUGAGUUACUUGAAUGGCAAGGUUGGUCCAAAACCAGAAACCUUAGGAUUGUAGGGAGGACUUAAUUUUAUUGAAGAUAUUGUAGAAUUUGAAUUGUAGUCCAUCUGAGAAAGAGUACAUGCCCUUGUUGGUAUGAGGGUCUUCAAACAUGGUUUGCGAGAAUCUCUUUUGCUUCAACCAUUUGCAUUUUGGUCUCUCCA